UACGGGAAAGGAAGACCCUUUCUGCUAGUUGGUUUUGCAGUGUAGAGAGAGAGAGGGGAGGGAGGGAGAGAGAAGAAGGAGAAGAGGGAGGAAGAUAGAGAGAGAGAGAGAGAGAGAGAGUUUUUCAGGGUUUCGAGCCCUUCUUUUUUGGUUUUUGUGAUCUAACUGAUCUUUCAUUUUUUUAACUCUCUCGGGCCAACUGCCAAGUUAUGGCUUCUGCUUUGUGAUCUUACCGUCCGAUUUUGCCAAAAGUUUUGGUUUCCGGUGGUAAGUUCGGAUUUAUCCGGUGAGGGGUCUCGUUGCUCCGGUGAUAUGGGGGGAUUGGUUGACCAUUUGACACUUUGGAAUCACGGUUUUGUCCUCAAAGUCGUCUUUUGAAGUCUUUUUACUUGGAACUUUCCUUUUUUUCUGUUCUUAGAAAAUUACUCCUUUCAUUUUUGGCUGAAAGACGACCAACACCUGGUAUUUGGUUGUUCUUGGACUGUACCAUUACAUGUUGAUUGAAAUUUUGGGCUUUUUUCCCUAUAAAUUGUGUCUUUUACUGUGAAAUGAAGUAAAAUUGUAAAAUUACUCGUUCCAAGAUUUCGGCGUCAUAUUCUUUCGUUCAUCAAGGUAUUUCUUCCUUUUUUGGAGCAAGGUGAUUCUGUGGAAAAUUUUUUGCCGACUUGAUUGAAAAGGGUCACGAUAUAGGCCAAAUUCAGUGGACUGGCUUUUUUGUAUUUGUGCUUUUCAUGCGGCUCUUCAAUUAUGGGAAAUGCCAACUUUUCGCCCACUUAAUUCUGCUUUGAUUUCGAGGAGCUUUGGCUUUUCUAAAUUAAUGAUCGAUAUUAAUGGGUGUGUUGGAUUGAAUUGAACUGUAUUGAGGAAUCCGAUCAUUGCUUAAUAUAGUGGUCACUGCAUCAGGCAGGCACCACAUACGAUUCUCAAGUCUCUGUGACUUCGCCUUCAUUUCCCACAAAAUUUUGCCAUGAAAGAGAACUCAGUUGAUUCAUCAAAAUUCUUUGGUUUCUAGCGAGACUUGAAUUAGCUAGCUGUUGUUUUUUCCCCCUUUGUGCUUUUCAAUAUGACUGUUAAAUUCUGAUGAAAAAUACUGUGAUCUAAAGGGAAAAGAGGGAAACUCUUGCACCUAUUUUAUCAUGAUUCUAGUCUUGUGAAGCUUUGGUUUUUCUAUAUGAGAUUGAUGGGCUUGUUGGAUUGAUCUGAGUUAUUUCUUUCUUUGUUUAAUCUAUCUAUUUUGAGGAAUUUGAUCGUUGCCUAACGUAGUGGUUACUGCAACAGGCAGGCAUCACUUCCGAUUAUUUUUGCUCCCAUUUGUCUGUGGCUUCCUCUUCAUUUUUCCACAAAACUUUCCCAUCGAAGAGCUCUUAAAAAACGUUUUACCUUUCUAGCUAUUCCUGGGUUCGAACUAUGGCUGUCUCUUUCACUCGUUUUUCGUGGCGGUUAUGGUCCGGGAAAGAGAAAGAGCCCGUCUCAAAUGGGUCUUCCCUGAAUUCUUCAUUUGAAUGGGGGUUUGGUCUGAGGGAACCUGAGACCUUAAAGUUUCCUUCUGUGAAGGGGACCAAGAUAACCGGCCCUCAUAGGAAGGUUAAGAGGAAAUGGCAGAGUAGGGAACAGAGAAGAAUUGACAGGGAGUUUGACGCGGAGGUGGUGCCAUCUGAUGGUGUCUGUCUGUCAGGAUCUGAAUCCGAUGACCCAGACUGGUCCAUCGGAUGGUUUGAGCCUCAUGGACCUGGUUUUGAGAGUGAUGAUGGUUUAGCCGUGCUGGUUCCAAGCUAUAGACCGGGUUGCAAGAAGGUAAUGGAGGGCUCAAAUAACCAUCUUUUCAGUGCCAUCAAGAACCUCUCACAUGAGUUUUCUCCUGAGGGCAUGGCAAAGUUGCUUUCUUCUCUUCAGAACUUUGAGAUCUAGAAGUGGAUGAUCAUUUUCAGAAUGCCUCUUUUUACAGUACCAAAACUGUGAAAAAAAUAAAAGAUCUGUUAGGCUUUACAUCAGCAUACUGAGGAGUGCAGAGGAUUAACGCCCAGAUGAACUUGAGUCAGAGGAUUAAUGCCCAAUUGAACUUGACUGUAAAUUAUCCAGUUAAGCAAACAGGAGAAACAUGUUGUUCAGACUGAGAAAAAGACACUUUCCGGCGCAUGUCAUGUUCUGUUGUUCAUGUUUCCAUGUGAAUAUGAGAGUAUGCCUAUGCUUAAGCUUACUAGUAAUGUAAAUAAUUCUGGUCCUUUCUUUGUCAAUCAAGGCCCAGACUGUUUAUAUCUCAUUGCUUCCUCUUUUUGUA